UGUUGCAUGUAUGAAAGCACCAUGCCCUGAUCUCCCUAGCAAUGACCACAUAAUGAAGGACCUCUCUCUCUCUCUUUUGACUCCACCCAUGUAGUAUAAGUAGGGUUCUGAUUUUUCUCUUCAGUAAUUUCUCUUCAGAUUCUUCCAGGAGCUGACCCUUGACCUUGAGCCCCAAGGAUGGAUAACGCCACAUACAGCUAUGUGAACGAUUGCACUCCGCUCACAAACUGUAAGUCUGGCCGAAAGGCUGGUGGCUCAACGGUGGUCAACAUGAGCCAUGCGGGCAAGAAGCCACCAAAUGACUAUCUGAUUUGGUCUUUGUGUAACACUUUGUACGUUAACUUCUGCUGCCUGGGAUUCAUGGCCUUGAUCUACUCCAUCAAGGCUCGAGAUCAGAAGACCUUGGGUGAUAUACGUGCCGCACAGGAAUGCUCAGACAAGGCGAAGUGGUACAAUAUUCUGGCAUCAGGCUGGAAUCUGUUGAUUCCUCUGCUCUUGCUGGGUUUGCUGGUUCUGCUCCUGGUUCAUCUGGGCAGCUCAGAGGGAACGUUUGAUUUCUUCGGCGAGGACGGAUUCCAGAGUUUCAUGAAGCUUUUCAGCAGGUAGAAAGAACGACUGGCAAACCAACCCUCAAAACUCCUGCAAACCUACUGGACUGUUCACCCUCACUCCACUUUCUCAAUGUAUUAUUUUCUUUGGCUAUGUGAUGAAAUUAUGAUUAUUUCCAUAAUUAAUAUAAAUUUACUGUAUGUUGUCCUAGUAUAUCUGUGCUACAUUUCUAUUUUACGAAGUAAAUUGGCUCAAUAGUAUUUAAUAAAGUAUUUAAAGGUUAACAAUAUUUUACACGUGUCUCUUAAUCCAUUGGAUA